UAUGCCCCAUACGAGUGUCCUUUAUGUACAAAAAGGCUUCCGGAUAUUGCAGUAUAUCUUUUAAGUGCCGUUAUAAACUGUUUGAACUCAGAUUUUGUAAACAAAUGACUUAACAGAGCUCAGCAAGCAUGCAUGGAAAGACAGACCACUUUCUUUAACAUCUGUAUGUUUAAACAGAACAGGGGAAGGGUUAAAGAAGUGAUAGAUGCACUUGUGCCAAAAGAAGCACCUUUCUAACAUCAAUUUCUCUGAUUUGCCCAUUGUCAGGUUGGUGCUACCAGUCCCAGAUGUCAUGUGAUCAACCUUGCAAAGGGCCAGCAGCUUGGAAUGAGGUCAACGUUGUGUGUGGUGGUAACAAACAAUCUCCCAUCAACAUAGUGACCAAGAAAACUAAGCAAGAUGCCAGUCUUACUGCAUUCAAAUUCACUGGAUACAGUGGAAUGUUUACCAGCAGACUGAAGAAUAACGGGCAAACCGUUUUUCUGGACAUUCCUCUUGGGGCCACUGUGACCGGGGCAAAUCUCUCACACAUCUAUAAGGCUGUCCAACUAGAUUUCCACUGGGGUAGCAGUGGAAGCCCUGGGUCUGAACACACCCUUGAUGGAGAACAGUAUCCCAUGGAGCUUCAUAUCCUGCAUAUAAAGGACAAGUUCCUUACUUUAGAAGAAGCACAGAACGACACAGCUGGACAAGCUAUCUUGGGAUUCUUCUUUAAGGAGUCAGACAUUGAAAACAAGGAGUAUGGUGCCUUCAUUGCAGCUCUAGCUAAGGUGCAAAAUGCAGAAAACCACACGGAACUUAACAUCUCCCUGAACAAACUGAUCCUGUCUGAGACGAAGAUGAGCGACUACUAUCGUUAUGAAGGCUCUCAGACCGUACCGGGCUGCUCUGAGACAGCGAUCUGGACCAUGUUUAAGGAGCCUGUUCCGCUUAGCAAAGCUCAGUUUGCAGCUUUUUACAACCUGAAGUUUAAAGAUGGUAAGCCCAUGGUGAACACAUUCAGACCAGUGCAGCCUCAUAAAGGGCGGGUAGUGUAUCGUUCCUUCUCUGGUGCAGCUGUAACUGCUGUAGAGUUCAGCUUCACUUUCCUCCUGCUGUGUUUGGGUACAGCUCUCAGCUGUUACCAACUUUACUAGAGACGGCCAGGCAUUAACAC